AAUUAUUCAAGAACCAAUCAAUAACUCUAUGGACAAAACCAAAACGGACCAUAAUGACUUCCGGAAAGUAGACGUCAAAAUGAUUUCUUGAAAGGAUUCGUUAAAAACAGUAUCAGUGUCAUGAUUCCUCUUCAAGAUCAAAACGAAUGAAGAGAUCAAUCAGCAGAAAUGAUAGCCAAGGUAAUUCUGAGGCGGACAGCAGGGCUGCCUCUCUGCCUGGACCCAAGACCACGCCACCUGUGUUGCCCCAGUCCAUGAGCACACAACAAACACCAAAUACUAAUGUGGCUGCUACUGUGCGAACCAAGUCAGCGAGUAAUAGACAUGUUCAGAAGAACAAUGGAACAGAGAGUAGCUGUGCCCGAGGGCGAGGCCUUGUUCAUGAUGUCCAGACAGCAAGUUUCAUGCAUGCUGCAGCUCCAUUCAUGCCUGCUGCACACGCUCCGGGCAUUAUGGGACGCGUCCACUAUCAUCCUCCGUUUUCCAUAGACAGCGUAUCAACAAGCAGCGUACAUUCUAUGAUGCCAAUGAAUGGAUUUACAGCUUUAAAACCUCGAACAAAUCAACCCCAGGGCAUACCAAACAACAUCAGAAUGCCAUUAGUUAGUGCACUGGCUGCAGGAUUUGGGAGUGGCCAAAACCACAUGCAGUCCCUACCAUUGGGUAUGACUCAAGCAAGAUCAAAUCAGGCACAUAGUGGUGGGAGGAGUGAACGAAAACCAUGGGUUGUGAAUACAAGUAAUGGGCAGGAAGUGACAAAACCAAGCCCUUUACUGGUGGGUUCUCAUACUGAUAGCCUGGACAGCAAUGUUGUAAACAGGACUCGUGUUUUAUUGAGAAGUGUACAAUCAGAUUCAAGAAGUAGCGAAUCAAGUGAUACUACCCAAAGUUAUCUAGUCCCUCAGUUAAACAGCUGUGAUUCCCCUAGCCUGACCGCGAGCCCGUUGUUCGGUGACAAUCCUACGUCCUUCCCAUUUUUGACGAACGAUUUUUGUCCUGACGCAGAUAAUGCAUUCCUCAACCUAUUUUUAAUGCAACCUCAUGUGAAUACUAAUUCUGAAUUGCCUCGUGUGCCAAGUAUGGAUACAAUUCACAGUGUAUCCCAUUCAGAAAGAGGCGAUUCUGUGCCCGUACAGACGGACGGACAUGCCAAAAACCGCACUGCAACUGGGUACGUUGAAAACAGAAACUUUGAUGUCAUUCAUUUGGGAGCAAAAAAACGGGUUAUGAGUUUAGGUGCUCUUGAACAGUUGUCCCAACUGGCAGAGGGGCCAAGUGCAUUUGAAUCUGCAUCGCGCGUUCCUAAUCUGGUUCUUCAGCGUGAACAGAGCAAACCCAAACCACUGAGAACUCUUGCAACACUUAAGACUGAGAAACCACCCUCAACGAUUCCCAGUCUGCAAAGUAUGGAGAAUCAGACAGGCUCUACUGGUCUCCCUAUGGUUCAACUUCCCCCUGAUGUUCGACCUCCAACACCAGGGGGGAUCAAGCGUGCCGGUCCAUACCUACUAGGUCCGAGGCUGGGAUCUUCCCCGGUCAAGAGCAUUGUUCAGUGCCUUGCAAGGAAGGAUGGAACAGAUAACUUUUACACUCUCAAGAUCCUGACAAUGGAGAACGGGGGUCAGGAGCGUACUGACGACCGCCAGGGCAAGAUGCUGAUCCACACGGAGUACAGCCUACUCAGUCUCCUCAAGCACCAGGAUGGUGUCGUACAUCAUCACGGGCUGUUUAAGGAUGAAGCGUGGGAAGAAAAAGAACAAGAAGCGGGGUCAGCAAAACCAGAGUACACUGGUCGGCGGCGGAAACGACUGUGUCUGGUCCUGGACUGCCUCAUUCCGCAUGAGUUCUCUGACCAGAAUUCUGACCUGAUCAAUCUUCAGCACUACGUGAUAAAAGAGAAGAAACUGUCGGAGAAAGAGGCGAUUGUUAUUUUCUACGACAUUGUACGAGUGGUGGAGUGUCUGCAUAAGAAAAAUAUUGUUCAUCGGGACUUGAAGCUGGGUAACAUGGUCCUGAACAAACGCAGUCGAAGGAUAACAAUCACUAAUUUCUGUCUCGGGAAGCAUUUGGUGUCAGAGAAUGACCUGCUUUUGGACCAGCGUGGAAGCCCUGCCUACAUCAGUCCAGAUGUUCUUAGUGGUUCCCCAUACCUUGGCAAGCCCAGUGACAUGUGGGCGCUGGGUGUUGUGCUGUUCACAAUGCUGUACGGGCAGUUUCCGUUCUACGACAGUGUGCCCCAGGAACUCUUCAAGAAGAUCAAACUUGCUGACUUCAAGAUACCCAAUGACAUGCGUGUGUCUGAGAAUACCAAGUCAGUGAUCAAGAAUCUCCUGCUGAUGAGCCCUCGGCAUCGACUGACAGCCUCCAAGGUGUUGGACCAGCUUGGCAACAUCAUAGCAACAUGGCGAGCAAUGCAGGGUCAAGUUGGGACCCUGCAAGUGGUUCCUGACAUAGACGACGAAGCAGACGACAAGCAUACCAUCAUCGCAAAGCAGCCACAACCGAGCGUUGCAACAAGGAACAUUACCGUCGUCACUGACACGAAAAUGUCCACACCGGUGCUUACCAAACCUCCACAGGUGGAGAGUCCCCCAGCGCUGGUGAUGCCCACCUGUGUUUCCAUGGCGAGGAGGCGUUGCCACCCGGGCGUGACCCCGCCCAUUCAGCAGCUGAGUAGCGACGCCCAGCCGCUCACGUCUGCCGAGGUAUUGGCACAUCGACAGCUUAUCCGCGUUCAGCGUCAGGACGUACACUUUGUGCAAGGUCAAGGUCAACAGAAGCAAGUCAGGAAUUAGGGCAUUUGUUCCAGGGAUAUAUUGCUUGUUGUUUAUUGUUACAUGUAUUGUGCCAGAGUUUUUUUUUAAUGUUAGUGUGUUUUAUUAUUAUUCAAAAUUCUAUUCAAAUUAGAACAUGAUCAAUUUGAAAAUCAUCAACAAGAGAAAUGGAAAAUAGCUGGUCCAAAUAAUGCUCUUCAUGCUUGGGAUAUAAAAAAGUUCAUAAUAGCAGAUAGAUCAUUCAAAACACAACAAAAAGUAUUGUUUUUUUAACCAGGUUUUCCGAAGGAAAAAACUGGUUAUUAGAUUGGCGAAUGCGGGCGGGCUGGCUGGCUGGCUGGCUGGCGGGCUGGCUGGCUGGCGGGCUGGCAGAAUAAGCUUGUCCGGGCCAUAACUAUGUCGUUCAUUGUCAGAUUUUAAAAUCAUUUGGCACAUUUGUUCACCAUCAUUGGACGGUGUGUCGCGCGAAAUAAUUACGUCGAUAUCUCCAAGGUCAAGGUCACACUUUGAGUUCAAAGGUUAAAAAUGGCCAUAAAUGAGCUUGUCCUGGCCAUAACUAUGUCAUUCAUUGUGAGAUUUUAAAAUCAUUUGGCACAUUUGUUCACCAUCAUGGGACGGUGUGUCCCACGAAAGAAUCACGUCAAUAUCUCCAAUGUCAAGGUCGCCACGACUAAAAAUAGAUUUAAGAAAAAAAAAAAACUUACAAAGGGGGUUAAUUUUUUUUGGUCAUUUCAAAAGUUCAGUUUGAGUUUUCUCCCUUUAUCAGAUUUUUUUUUCACAAUGAAAACCUGGUUUUGUGACAAUUUUGUCCCUUGUUAUCAGUUGAAAUAAUUUUGUGUUCCGGUUCAUGCAUGUUCAUAUAUCAAAAGAUGUAAUGUACACUUUUGUUACGAUCAUGAUAACAGGGGAUCAUGAUCCUGAUGUUCUCAUUUAAUAAGAAUUUAAUAAGUUACUUCCAAAAAUGGCUGAAAUAAGAGAGUCUGGCCUUAUGGAUUUCUAUGCUUGAUCAGGAAGAGUGAAAGAAUGUUUGGUCAUAACUUGGCAUUUCAUAUAUUUUUUAUAUGUUAUACUAACAUUUAUAUGCAAUCAGCAAAUUUGUAUUAACAUAAUAAAUAUUAUGUUUCAUUUUUUGUGUAUGCUUUUUUUUUGUACAUUUCUUUAUAACAUCAUAAGAAUUAUUGCAUGUAUAUUCUAACUUAUUAUUUAUUAUUUCAAAUUUUUAUACAAAUUGCAUUUUAUUAAAUGUUUGCAUGCAUGUUCAAAAAUUGCGUUAGUUUUUUAUAAUAUGUAAAAAAUUAAAGACUGAAAUGAACAAUCAAAAUGUACAAUAAAGUUAUUGUAAAUUGUGUUUGAAAUUUAUAUCAAAUGCACUAUUUGAGUAUAUUCUAUAUGUCUUAAUGACUGUUCUUGUAGUGAUUGUUUCUUGAGUAAGAAGGCAUUAUAUUUUUUCUGUGAUUGUUUCAACUGGUGCUGUUAUGAGGUAAAGGAUUAUUUUUCUGUGUUUAUACCUGUAAAUAUUGGUUGCUAAAAUAACUAUGACCUGCAUAAAACCAAACUAGUGCUAUUUUUGCGUGUUGUACCAAAAUCGGUGCACAAACAUUUGAUUUGUAUACCAUUAAAUAUGAUAUGGAUUAAUACUAUUGUUGAUUGGUUGUCUCCCCUACCAAAUUAACAAGUAAAAGAACAAUACUGUAAUUACUUUUAAGUUUUCAAACUCUCUAAAUUUUUGGACAUCCUUGUUUUAAGCAAACAAAAAAUAAUUGUUUGUGACUCUUAAUUUUUGGACAUAUGGGUUUUUGUCCAUAAUUAAUGACUUGAAAUUUUUGGAGAGUUCAUUUUACAAUGAUAUUUUACCAGAAUUUUUUCCGGUAGGGCUGAUCUGGCGACACAUCGAUCAUGCCUUUUUAGAACGGGAUUAAGGUCCUAAGACCAUGCAGACAGACUAAAGGCGACAGUCAGUUACAUUUGCGUUAUGUAUACCCAUAAUAGAUCAUUGUUUUACCAAACAGCUUAAAUUGAAACUAAUAUACAAGUAUGUUAUACUAUCCAGCUUGUUUUUUUACAAGCAUGUGCUAUUAUUUGUUGAAGCAUAUGACACUAUGCACAUGGCAUACCCGUAUCCUAUGGUCAAUCCAAUAUUUUUAGAUUGGCUCAAAAUUUUCCAACGCCUGUAUUGUUUGUCUCUUAUGUUUUGGACACCUAUAUGUUUUGAUUUUAUUUUAUAUAUAUAAAUUUUUGACACAUAAAAAAAAAUUAAGUGGCCAAAAACUUAGAAUAAUUACAGUAAUGCAUAUAAGACUUCAUCUGUCUUUUUGUUAAAGGUUUUAUUUCCAAGGAUUCUGAGUUCAUUGAUUUGAUGCUGCUUCCAUUUGAUGCUUACCAUUGAAAUACAAAGCCAUAAUAAGUCAACUUGAUACUUGACUGAUAGGUACCUACAGAUUGCUAAAGUCAAGCAAUUGCCAAAGCAUAUCAAGUUUACUUAACUAAGCAUGGAUGUUCCCUGAAGACUUUGCUUGUUGGUGACAUGUAAUUUGGUAAAAUAAUGCUGAGCCCUUCCACAACAAAACCUUUAUUUGUGACCAAAAUAUGAAUUUUAUAAGAUUAAUGCAUGUAUUUUUUUCUAUAUUUCUUUCCAAAAACAAUAGCUGGGUUAAACAGCUACGCCGAAUAAAAAUAAUUUUGAAAAUAAGGAUUUUUCUUGAAAUCAGUGCAUUUACACGACAGAAAAGAUCAUAUGUUUUGAAAAUGAAAAGAUUCAUCCAUACUUGGUGAAUACAAUAUCACACAAUGAAAUAUUCCUUAUAUAUGUGAGCCUCACUCUGGAAAAACCUACUCAAUGCAUGCGUGUAAAGGGUCGUUCCAAAUGCACUCAGUCUCAUUAUGUGUCAAUGCAUGCGUGUAAAGGGUCGUUCGAAAUGCACUCAGUCUCAUUAUGUGUCAAUGCAAGUGAGUAAAGGGUCGUUCGAAAUGCACUCAGUCUCAUUAUGUGUCAUUGCAAGUGAGUAAAGGGUCGUUCCAAAUGCACUCAGUCUCAUUAUGUGUCAAUGCAUGCGUGUAAAGGGUCGUUCGAAAUGCACUCAGUCUCAUUAUGUGUCAAUGCAAGUGAGUAAAGGGUCGUUCCAAAUGUACCCAGUCUCAUUAUGUGUCAAUGCAAGUGAGUAAAGGGUCGUUCCAAAUGUACCCAGUCUCAUUAUGUGUCAAUGCAAGUGAGUAAAGGGUCGUUCCAAAUGUACCCAGUCUCAUUAUGUGUUAAAGUUAAGUAUAAGAGGUAUAAGGUUAUAUGGGUAUUGUAAUAUUUGUUAAAAUAGCAAAUAACUGUUGAAACCUACUUUGUAUCUUUGUUUUUGUAUGUAUUUAUGGUUGUCAUUUUGCAUUUUUACUUUUAAUCAAUGUUGAAAUUUCAUUUUUGUUGUGGUGUUUUUUGCAUGUCAAAUACGUGAUUUAUGCACAUGUUCCAUAUAGUUUGUUUACAAUCAUAGAGUCUUUUUAAAUAAUCAUGAAAAGUGUCAAAUCAUCCCAAAUACUGAACAUUUUAAUCUUGUCCCCAUUUGAAGUCAAAUAAAUAAAUAUUUAUUUUUU